AUCCUUCUCCCAUAUCUCCUACCCCGACACCCAGCUUGUUUCUAGUAUCCUGAUUUCACACACGCUUCGAAUUCCACACGCCGUGCAAGUGACCGACUAUCCCACCAUGGAGGCUCUUUUGCGCCAAUCCAAGUCCAUGUGCCCGUUUCUUCACAAGACGUCACCCGCCACUCUCCGAUCGCUUUCUACGACCACCGCUGCUGCGCGUCCUGAAGUGUCGCCGGGGGCUGGCAGCAUGUCGAACCUCCAAGUUCUCGCCCGCCGAUGCCCAAUCAUGGGCAAGGCGCUUGCUGUACAAAACACACGCAAUGGCAACAACGCUUUGGCAGGCGCUUUCGGCGGUGUGCGUGCGUACCACUCACGCGUAAACCGAGCCCGUUUGCAUACGACGGCAUCCAAGGAAGCGAAGGUCAUCGAUAUGCAGAGCCUGGGAGGCGACAAGAGCUCCGAUCCAAAGCCUGCCUCAUCUGCCCCGAGGGCUAGGGGCUUCGAUUACGAAGGCUUCUACAAAAACGAACUGGAUAAAAAACACAAGGACAAGUCUUACCGAUACUUCAACAACAUCAAUCGUUUGGCCAAAGAAUUUCCCCGCGCCCACAAGGAGUCGGUUGAGGACAAGGUGACGGUUUGGUGCUCCAACGACUACCUCGGCAUGGGCCGCAACCCGCAGGUGCUCAAGUCCAUGCACGAGACCUUGGACAACUACGGGGCUGGCGCCGGAGGCACUAGAAACAUCUCCGGACAUAAUCAGCACGCAGUAGCACUGGAAGAUACUAUCGCGAAGCUUCACUCCAAGGAGGCUGCCCUCGUAUUCUCCUCGUGUUAUGUGGCCAACGAUGCAACACUUGCAACGCUCGGCAGUAAACUGCCCAAUUGCGUCAUUCUCUCCGACAGCCUGAACCACGCCUCGAUGAUCCAGGGUAUUCGUCACUCUGGCGCGAAGAAAAUCGUCUUCAAGCACAACGAUGUCGCAGAUCUCGAGGCCAAGCUACAAUCGAUUCCGGCAGAGUACCCCAAGAUCAUUGCCUUUGAGAGUGUAUAUAGCAUGUGCGGCUCAAUCGGUCCUAUCGAACAGAUCUGUGACCUCGCUGAGAAGUACGGGGCCAUUACCUUUUUGGAUGAAGUUCACGCUGUAGGCAUGUACGGACCACAUGGCGCUGGUGUGGCCGAGCACCUCGAUUAUGAAGCCCACAAGGCGGGCCGACCCCAGGGCACCAUCCAGGACCGCGUAGACAUCAUCACUGGCACUCUCGGAAAGGCAUAUGGUUGUGUUGGUGGCUACAUUGCGGGCUCUACCAAGCUGGUUGAUACCAUCAGAUCUCUGGCUCCCGGUUUCAUCUUCACUACAUCACUCCCACCUGCCACUAUGGCUGGUGCCAAAACUGCCAUUGAGUACCAGGUCAACUACCUGGGCGACAGGCGCCUUCAACAGCUGCACACUCGUGCGGUGAAGGAUGCUUUGAAUGAAAAAGACAUACCCGUGAUGCCCAACCCCAGUCACAUAGUGCCUGUCCUUGUUGGAAACGCCGAGGUAGCCAAGAAGGCGUCUGACCUUCUCCUAGAAGACUGGGGCAUCUACGUCCAAGCCAUUAACUACCCCACUGUUCCUGUAGGCCAGGAGCGUCUCCGUAUCACACCUACACCUGGCCACAUCCGUGAGUACCGCGACCACUUGGUCGAAGCUGUCGACGCCGUUUGGACGCAGCUGGGCAUUAAGCGUACCAGUGAGUGGGCUGCCGAGGGCGGCUUCAUUGGCGUUGGCGAAGCUGGAAAAGCGGAAGAAGCACCCCUUUGGACAGACGAGCAGCUUGGGCUGAAAGAAGUGAUCAAUGAGAUGAAGGCAGGCCAAGGCGCAACUGGCGUGCUCGAGGCCAUUCUGGAGAAUGAGCGCAAGGCCACGGCCCAGGCUGUUGCCGCCGCCUAAACAGACUUACAAAGUGUGCAUGUUACUGGUGUGAAGGGUCUGGUCGCUCCUUUAUUCUUAAGACCUAUUUAUGUAGCUUGAUAAAGCGUGCAAUAGCGCAGCGAAUUCAUCCAUUGUUCCUGCCCAA